GGUGCCACCGGGAGUGGGCAGCCCGGGUCUGUGCGGGACCAGGACCAGCUUGCAGGCAGCAGCAGCCGCGCGGUGCAGGGCUCCCCGCACGGGGUUCUGAGGCCCAGCGCCAUGGUUCAGGACGUGCCUGAGCCUGGCGGCCCCCUCUGGGGCUGGGACGGGGACGACGACUGGGACAGUGCCGUGCUGACCCUGCUGGCACUGGCCGUGGUGGUGGCCACGGCACUAGCCUUGCACUGGUUUGGCUCUGGGCAGGACCAGGAGGCGACAGGAUCAGUGCCCACCACCUCCCGGGCUGCGGAACCUGAGCUGGCCCCGCGCCCCAUGUCCAGGUUGAGGAGCAGCGUCGAGGGACCAGAGCAGGGGAAGCGGCACCCCCCAGGACCCAGCCAGGGAGGUCCUGCUGCAGCAGGGGCCCAGAGCUGGGGGCCACAUGGGGGUGAAGGCCUGGUCCCCAUGGCAGGCCCUCCACGCAAGACACCUGGAGGGCCCGGUGGCAGCGUGGCCGCAGGACAGCAGCGGGGUGAUGCUGCCGCCGAAGCCCCUCGGGGUAAAGGAAGGGAGCCUCCCAGACCAGGCAGAGCCGGAGGGCCGUCUACCCCCAUCUUGAUACACUUCAUCCCUGGGGCUCCUGGCAGGGACGCGGAGGCAGCGCACCAGGCCCUGGGCCAUGCAGCGGAACACGACACUGGCCGUUGGCGGCCAGGAGUCAGGCUGCCUCUCUCACUGGGGAGAGGGCAGGGCAGCCGGCGGCGCCAGGUGGAGACCAGCCGAGCGGACAGAGCUGGCCACUCCCCCAAGCCAGACCCCCUGUGCCUGGGCACGGUGGUGAGUGUGUGGGACGCCGUCGAUGCGGCUGCUCUGGAUACCCAGGUUGGCAGUGUCGCAGCGGGCUCUCAGGGGCUCCCUUUCCCCCGAAGACCUGACCUCCAGGAGCUGCCCCCAGCACACGCUGUGCAGUCGGGGCCCCUGACCAGUGGCUUGGAGAGGGUGCUCGGGGAGAGCAGGCUCCAGCCAGCGCCAGGGCUAGCUCUGGGCCGCGGGGACAAGGCUGGCGGGCUUCAGAGCCGGGAGGCAGGUCCUCAGCGCCACAGGGAGGAUCCGGGGGCCUCAGGCAGUGCCUCUGUGGAAGGCUGGCCCUGGGUAAGGAGGGAGGUCCUUGUCACCAGAAGCUUCAGCCGGGCUCCAGGCUUUGUGGGUGCCUCGCCAGGGGGGAUGCACUGGGGACGUCCACUCUCCACCCCAGGGCAGGGGCCCACAGAGCCCUGCAAUGCGGGAAAGGCUGGGGCUAACGGCCCGGGAGACAGCAGCGCCUUCCUCUGCUCAGGGCCUGGAGAGGCAGAAAAGCAAGGGAGCCACAGCCUUGGAGAAGGGGGCGGGGCCCAGCAAGCGCGGGGCGGGCGCAGCAGUGGGCACGCAGCAGGCGGGCAGGGUGCCGACACGGGGUCAGGGCAGACCCUGGACAGAGGAGCGCCCACCCCAGAAAUACCAAGAGGUAUACCGCGCUGUGGCCCCUCCCCUUUGGCCACCACCCCCCCAAACUUUCCUCAGCCUCUCCCACCUCCAGCUUCCUCGCCCACGGCACCUCCCCAAGUGGGUCCUCCAUGUGCAGCCCCUACGCUUCCAGCCUCCCACGCAGACUCUCUGCCCCUUGGAGUUGGUCAGGGUCCUGCGGAGGAUGGGAAGCUUAGCGCAGCCCCCGCCCCCGCCCCUUCCCCAGUCCCCGCCCCUACCUCUGCUCCUGCCCCAGCCCCAGCCCCAGCCCCAGCCCCUUCCUCCGCCCCAGCUCCUGCCCCUGCCCCUGCCCCAGCCAGCCGGUCAAAGACUGUAUUCCAGGAGCCCAGCGUGGCUGUGUCCAGGGGCCGUCAGGCGGGGCAGGGCUCAAGGAGCUGGGGGAACCUCGCUGCAAUGGUUCUUAGAAAUCAUCCAUUCCCCGGGCAAGAGAGGCCCCAAGGGAGCGCCCCAAGGGCAGCCCUGGAGGGCCUUGCAGAUCCCCGCACUUCCCAACACGCUGAAAACAGGCAGUCUGGGGCUCUCUUCGAAGGGGCCCCCCCCAGCCUGGGGGAGAGGCGAGGCUCGGGACUCCGAGUGCCACAGCCCGGAAGCCCCAAGACCGGUGGGGCCCCCCCACCAGCCCGUGCCCCAGACCCCACAGCGGGUGGGAGAGAGGAGACAGGUGCGGACUCGCCUUGGCCCGGAGCCGCGCCCACGGCCCCCUCACGGCCCCCUGCGCAGCCGCAGCCCGUCCCGCGGCCCCGGAAACACGGCGGCGGCGACACCAACGAGGGCUGCGCGCGGGCGGCCUGCCUGGGGGCCCCGGGGCAACGUCGGGGAGAGGCGCAGGGGCGGGGGGCUGGCCCAGCCGGCGGCAGGGACGCCCUCACAGAGAAGCAGAGAGAGGCCCGCAAACUCAUGGUCUUUCUGCAGAGGCCUGGGCGCUGGGGGGCAGUGGGGGGGCCCAGCUCGUGCCCCCCCCAACUGCCAGCCGCGGCGACGUCUCCGCCGCGGCGCCUGGACCUGGGCAGCUGCCCGGACGCGCUGGCCUUGGCUCAGCGGCGCGGGGAGCCCGGGCUGGCGCAGGAGGCCUACGCUCUGCUGAGCGCCAACCUGCUGCGCGUCCUGGGGGACCCGCACCUCUACCGGCAGCUGAGCGGGGCCGACCGCGAGCGCAUCCUGAGCCUGCGCACCCGCCGGGGCCGAGCGGUGCUGGGCGCCCUGGAGCUGCCCAGCCUCUGCCAGGUGAGCCGCGCGGGGCUCCCGCGGGGCUCCGGCGACGAGGAGGCCCCCGCGCGCCUGCCGCGCCCGCGCCUGCACGUGUUUGACCCCCUAGGGAACGCCUGGCAGCCCCUGACCCACGUGCCCGAGGAGGCCCCUCUGCGGGGCUGUGGCCUCUGUACCAUGCACAACUACCUGUUCCUGGCGGGGGGCAUCCGAGGCUCCGGGGCCGCGGCCGUCUGCUCCAAGGAGGUCUUCUGCUACAACCCCCUGACCAACAUCUGGAGCCAGGUGCGGCCCAUGCAGCAGGCCCGUGCCCAGCUCAAGCUGGUGGCCCUGGAUGGGCUGCUGUACGCCAUUGGGGGCGAGUGCCUCUACAGCAUGGAGCGCUAUGACCCCCGCACAGACGCCUGGUCCUCGCGGGCGCCUCUCCCUGCGGGCACCUUCCCCGUGGCACACGAGGCUGUGGCCUGCCGCGGGGACAUCUACGUCACGGGGGGCCACCUCUUCUACCGCCUGCUCAGGUACAGCCCCGGGAAGGACACGUGGGACGAGUGCCCCUACAGUGCCAGCCACCGGCGCUCCAGCGACAUGGUGGCGCUGGGGGGCUUCCUCUACCGCUUCGACCUGCUGCGGGGCGUGGGCGCCGCGGUGAUGCGCUACAACACGGUGACCGGCUCUUGGAGCCGCGCGGCCACCCUGCCGCUGCCCAACCCCGUGCCCUUGCGCUGCGCGGUGCUGGGCAACACCAUCUACUGCCUCAACCACCAGGUCACCGCCACGUUCACCGUCUCCGAGGGCACGGCCCAGUUCCAGGCCAAGGAGCUGCAGCCCUUUUCCAUGGGGAGCAAGGGGGUCCUCUGUCCCUUCAUCCUGACCCUGCCCCCCACGGAGCCCCUGCAGACAGCACUCUGAGACGCCCGCCUGGGCUUUGCUCUCCAGGUCUUCGGGGGAAAUCUGCAUCCAGGACAGGGGCUAGAAUCCAGAACCUUCUGCUCUUGUUUCUGGAAUAACUGCCUGCCCCCAUAAGCCUCUGUUUUAAAAGUUCUGGAUUUCUGCAGUGUGGUUCCCUCCCCCACGUUCCCCCUCCCCUCCCCACACUAAAGACGGCUCUGCUUGCCCUGAGGGAGCCGGGCUCCCUGCCACCACAGACCUUCCGGGCAUCCCCACUGCACCCAAGCUGCUCCCUGCCCUUAUGACUCGGCAACAUCAAGAACAUCAUCUGCCCCGAUCUUUGCCUGGUUAAACUGGUUAACUUAGCUCAAACAUCACCACCUCAAGGUGGAGUUCUCUGGGCUCCUGCCGAGCCGGGGGCCUUGCUGCUUACAGUCCCGUGGGGAGAUAAUCUAGUUGUGGAACCCCCUAGUCUACCAAGAGCCAGUCACUGGUAGGCUCCCCACAAGUGGCACAGAAGAGGUCACUGAGGAGCCAAUAAGGCCAAGGAAGGAGAUGGCUGGUCCCCCAGGAAAGCGACCUUAGCCCUAGGGCUUUCUGCCCAGAGCAAGCCAGCUUGAGGGGGGAGGGGGGGCGGGCCUGGGGCCUUCUCAGGGACCAACACUGUGCCUCCCAAUUCCAACUGGUGCUGCGGACCCUCCAGGCCUGAGUCCUUCUCUGUGAAACUGAGGCCCCAGCCUGGGCCCACAUACCCUCAGCCAGGGCAGCCCCCUCCAGAGGGCCUCCCGCCCACCCCACUUCCACCCCCACCUCUCAGUGAGACCUGGCUCCAACCCCAGUUCAGCUGCGGGGCCUCACCAGGCACCUGAACCCUCUCUUCAUCUGCAGCAUGGGAAAAACGGGCCCAGUCACUUUGGGCAGUUGUGAGAGAACAAGGGAUCCUGCAUGUGGGUGCCCAGCAGUGCCCAGGCCGAGACACACCAUAAACGAUGUUUUUUUCCCACAUCCACUUUGAAACCUACUUCCCGGAAGGUAAAUAAAUUUACAUUGAGCACUGCUGCCUGUCCCAAUCUCCUUGCUGUCUUGUCCCUAUCUGGGUCCUUUUUGCUUUUUAUUCUAUGCUUAGGACUGCCGGCACAAAAUAAAUGUUGAAC